GCGCGAGAGCGGGCGCUGGAGAACCAGUUGAUUCAAGUGCAACAGCAGUCACUGGGCCAGUUGGCGGCUCAGCAAGCAGAGCUUCUCCAGCUUGUGGACGCCAAGGGAAUGGGACGACCUGUUGGCUUCGAUGGAGCGGAAGAGAAGUUUGUACCCUGGAAGGUGAAAGUCGGGAACUUCAUCACCAGCACGUUCCCUGACUUGAAGCCUGUGUUGGAGUGGGCCGAAGAGCACGCGGGACAGAUCGACGAGGCUGACGCCACCGUGGCUUACGGGGACGGGCAGGAUCCCGAGUUUGUUCCGGACCUUCGGAACAAGGAAGCUCAAGCGCACAUGGUUUUGCAGCAGCUUUGCGACAAGGAGCCGUUCGACAUAGUGAGCAACUGUGGUCGAGGCAACGGGCUCGAAACCUGGAGGCGCUUGAACAGGCGCUACGACCCCUCCACCGGCGGCAGGAAGAAGACUCUGCUGAAGAAGCACAUCCUCAAUCCGUCCCGGGUGACGUUGGAUGAGCUGUCCAGGGCCAUUGAGAAGUGGACUGACAGCGUCCGCAUGUACGAGCGACGAAAGGAUAGGAACGGCGAGCGGAGUUCCAUCCCAGACGACAUUAAGAUCUCUGCUUUAGAGGAUUUGGUGCCUAAAGAGCUCGAGAAACACAUGCUUCUCAACAGCGAUCGUUCCGAUACUUUCGCUGAAGCCAUGGAGGGGACUGGGACUUACCUCGAAACCCGCGCGGGAACGAGGCUGAAGGUUAUCGACCACAGUGGCAACAGGAACCCUGACGACAUGGAUGUCGGGAGCUUUGUCAAGGGCAGGCCAAAGGGCGCGCCGAAAGGAGCCAAAGGCCACGGCAAGGGCAAGGACGACCGGAUGCCCGCCCAGACGGGCCCCCAGGGCAACUUCGACAACUGCGGAAAGAAAGGCCGCAAGAAGAAGGACUGCUGGCGCCCCGGCGGGGGCGCGAACUGGCCGGACGCCACAGCCAAGCCCGAGGUUGGGCCGAAGGGCCCCAAGGGCGGCGGCAAAGGCAAGGGCAGCGGCAAAGGCAAGGGCGGCAAGCCCGUCCGCUCCCUGGAAGAGGAGGAACCCGAGGAGGAAGAGGCAGCCGACCAGAGCUACCUCUUCCUGAGCCCGCUGGGCGAGUGCCGUGCCGGCGGCCCCGAGGAACCCGCGCCGGCUGCUUCGCCUGGCGUGGGUCGGCAGGAAGGGGGGCAGAAGCCAGGCGACGGUGCCACCGUGGGGUUGCAGAGAAGCGUCUCCGCGGCGAGCUCGAUCCGGAUGCGCCGAGACGUGGAGUUGUCCUUCCGCAUUGCGUAUUCGGACACACCUCGCAUGAUCAGCGCGGAGAUGAAGAUGGCCGAGGACGAGGCCACGAUUCAGGAAUUCUUGCUGGAGAAGGCCGAGAUCGAGCACAAGCGCGACUCGAUGAAGGCUAUGGCGAGGGCGGACGACGACCGGCGGUGCCAGCAGCGCCGCGAGCAACCAGAGAGCUCGAAGGACCCGAGACUGGAUCAGAGCCGCCACGACGUCAGGUGGGCUGCCGAGCACAGGAGGCAGGGCACGCCAGAGCGCGCGGCCGAGCGGAAACGGCUCGAGGGCAAGUGGCACGCGGAGUUCGACUCCAAAGCGGUGCUAGACGGCAUGGGCGGCGAGGUCGUCGCUGCGGCCGUCGACGGGAACCUGCGCGCGCACGGCGGCGACCUGGCGGAGUCAAGCGCCGCCAGCCGCAAGGUGGACGAGUCGGACGUCGUGCUGAAGAAGGAGGAUGUCAAGCUCUACGGGCCGCUCUCCAGGAAGGCGAUGCUGCCCUUCCGGCAGGAGGGCCCGAACGAGGCCGAGGAGGCCUCUACCAGCAGGCGAAGGAGAAGCUGGACCGACAGCGCAGCGGCGCUGAACUGCCCUCUGCUUUUCGGAGCAGGGCCGCAGGCGCGGGAGACGCACGACAGGAAGCAGCUUGCCAAGGCAAGUGCUGCCAAGCCCUGCUACACCAAGACGUUCAGCGGCAAGUGCUCCCGCGAGAACUGCCCGUUCUCGCGCGACCAGUGCGACAAAGGCAAAGUGUUCAGUGAACACUUCGAACGAGGCAGGUGCAAAUGGGGAGACCGCUGCGAGUUGAGCCACGACGACGACCGCAGGAACCAGUUCUUAGACGAGCUGCACGAGUGGAAAGGAGAGGCUCUGCACUGCAAUGGUGUGAAGAUGGAGCGCCACGAGAUGAAUUUCGACACCAGGGCGGCCAUCGCGGCUUCCCCGAAAGAUUUCGCGACAGGUUUUCCCAAGAGCGACCCGAACGUCAGAAAAUACAGGACAGCUAGCGCUGAGGAGAUCAGUGACGAAAGCUGCAGGAAGGUGCACGGCGCGGACGCGAACCUCAAUCCGUGCUCCCCAGAGCGUCGCGUUGUCGACGCUCACAAAGACAAGAAGACAAAACGUCCUCGGUGCACGGUGAUCGAAAGGAAGGGCGACGAUCCCUUCGCGAUCAAGUUCCUGGCGGACGCGACCCGCGAGACUGGGUACAAACGCAUCAUCUUGAAGUCUGAUGAUGAAGCGGCCAUACUUGCCAUAAAGACCAAAGCCCGGGAGAAACUGACGGACGUAGAAGUCGUCAUGCAGGAGGCCCCCGCAGGCGAUCGCCAAGCAAAUCGUGAGAUAGAGGUCAUGGUGCGCGAAUUGAAGCGCACAACCAGUGCCCUGAAGAGUAGCGCCGAAGAUAAUCUGAAAGUGAAGCUGAAGGACACAGAUCCUCUACUCGCUUGGAAACCGAGACGCGCGGCUUUCUUGAUGUCGCGAUUCCGCGUAGGUGAGGGCGGGGGGGCCCCGUGCGAGCGGGCCACCGGCAAGAGACCGGCGAAAACCAGCAGUCGCAAGCGCGACUUCGAGUCGAAGGUCGCUGUCGGUAGCUACGUUAGCACGCGCGGAAGGAACGCCGACGUUGUGGUCAUGACCGAAUACAGAGUCGCGAAGGGGACAAGUAUCCACAGGAAGCCAGAGCCUGACCGGUGGGACAAAACAGUGUUGUCCAUGCUGAAGGGGCUGCCGUGGAGCGCGUGGCCAAAGGAGCGCGAGGUCAUGGCAGCGCCCAUGCCCAUCGAGGUGCCGGACGCUGCGGCGCCCGCCGUCGCAGCUCCACCGGUCCCUGUGGCCUUCAAAGACGUGGCCACAGCUCUGUGCGUUAAGCGUGCCGAUAUCGACGAGUUCGGCAUGUGGCCGGGCUGCAAGGGGCGCCCGUCCUUGGCGACAGGCAUGCACCAGCAGGCCCAUUCGAUCGAUAGUCGCGUCCGGACCCAGGAGGAGCCGAUGAAGACGGCUGCGGGAGACAGCGCGCUGAGGGGGCGAAAAAGAGGAAAAGGUCCGAAGAGGCUUCUGAACCCGUUGUAG